UUGUGGAGCCAUGAUGAUACCACUCCUCAGAAUUCGCACUUCCAAAUCAUGCUCAUCCCUUCAACCAAUUGCUUCAUACUUGACUCUCACUCCAAAUCCAAACCCAAACCCAAAACCUCAACCUUUUCACCCAAUUCCACACAGGCAAUUCUCAGACGAGCCAAUCCCACCUGCUUCCACCGUGGACAGUAUCGACGCGGGAUCUUCAAUCCGAAAACCGAUCAGCUUAUGGCCCGGAAUGUACCACUCGCCUGUCACCAAUGCUCUCUGGGAAGCAAGGUCUAACAUUUUCGAUAGACCAGGGGACUCUGGUUCUACUACUCCCCAGAGUGAGUUGGUGACUAGAACUCCGGCGCAGAGCCGCACUAGUAUUCUUUACAAGUUUUCAACUGAUUUUAAACUCAGAGAGCAAUACCGGAAUCCCUGGAAUGGGGUUCGGAUUGGCAAACUGCUUGAGGAUCUCGACGCUCUUGCUGGAACCAUUGCUUACAAGCAUUGCUGCAAUGAGGAUGGCACAACAAGGCCUCUACUAUUGGUGACUGCUUCCGUUGACAAGAUGGUUCUGAAAAAGCCUAUUCGUGAUGACAUUGAUUUGAAUCUAGUUGGUGCUGUCGCUUGGGUUGGCAAGUCAUCCAUGGAGAUUCAACUCGAAGUCAAUCAAUCCACGGAUGGUACUCCAUCUUCAUCAGACUCCGUUGCUCUUAUAGCAAACUUCACAUUUGUGGCCCGUGAUUCUAACACUGGCAAAUCAGCUCCUGUUAACAAAAUCACGCCCGAGACUGAAAAAGAAAAGUUGCUAUGGGAAGCAGCAGAUACAAGGAAUAAAAUGAGGAAAAAGAUGAGAGGAGAACAUAAACUAGAUAUUGAGGAUAAGGACAAAAACAGACUCAAUGCCUUGUUAGCCGAAGGUCGAGUCUUCUGUGAUAUGCCAGCACUGGCAGACCGCGAUAGCAUUCUUAUCAGGGAUACCUGCCUCCAAAACUCUUUUAUUUGCCAGCCACAGCAAAGGAACAUCCAUGGUCGAAUCUUUGGAGGAUUUCUAAUGCGAAGAGCAUUUGAACUGGCAUUCUCAACAACUUAUGCUUUUGCUGGUGCAGCACCGCACUUUCUAGAAGUGGAUCAUGUUGAUUUCGUUAGACCUGUGGAUGUAGGUAAUUUCCUCCGUUUGAAGUCUUGUGUUCUAUAUACGGAACUUGAGAACCCUUCUGAACCUCUGAUAAAUGUGGAAGUUGUUGCUCAUGUUACACAACCUAAGCUGAGGUCCAGUGAGGUGUCUAACAAAUUCUACUUCACGUUUUCUAUCCAUCCUGAGGCUGUAAAAGAUGGUGUCCGGAUUCGGAAUGUUGUUCCCGCUACAGAAGAGGAAGCACUGCGGGUGAUUGAACGUAUGGACGCAGAGAAUUCCCAUAUUGCUGCGUCAUGAAUAUACAAGGAAGGCUAUUAGUGAAAAUCAAACAGCUAAACAGCUCUAGUCAAGCGUUGUCAAUCUUGGGGUAAACUUGGCCGGGACAGAUUUUGUUAUGCACAUUCUGUGUUCUUGUUAAAAUCUCCACUUCUUUCAUCUAUUCCCAUCUCGAAAUGAUGUUCCUUGAAUGUUUGGGUUCGGUUAAGCAGUUGUGAAUAAAUGGUCACCACAUAGGGGUUCGAGUUACUGCUCCAUGUAUUAUACAUUGAACAAUCAUGUUAAUAAGGGGAAGAGAGGGGAAAAUUCAGUUACUG